AUGGACGACAACUACAUGCGCGACUACAAGGGGGCGCAGCCCUCGCAGCCCUCGCAGCUCAACACCAACGCCUGGGAGAUGGUCGACAUCGACGGCCCGUCCGAGAAGACGGAGCAGGGGCUCCCACCCCCGCCCUACCCGGACACCGACCCCGCCGUUACACCCUACCUUGGCCUCCGAGCGAGGCUGUCGCAAGUGUGGUUUAAUCGGUGGACUGUCCUGCUGGUGCUGGUUCUGAUCCGCAUGCUGAUCCUCACCGGGGGCCUCAACGACAAUCUGGACAACGCCAAGGCCCAGUCCUUGGCCGCUUGUUCCAAGGUUGAGGAUAUUGGUAGCGCUGUGGCGUCGAUGCCGCACUACCUGUCGGUCGGCGUCAACAACCUCGCGGCCUCUGGCGUGAACCAUGCCGUCUCGGCCAUGGCACAGGUCAUCAUGAUGAUCCUGACGGGCGUCCAAGAGCUGAUUUUCUUCAUCAUCAACAUGUACGUGGGGACGUAUGUUUGCCUGGCUAGCGCCCUGAUCCACGGCAGCCUCGAACUGGCAACGGCAGUGGUUCAAGAGGCCACCGACGUCAUGAACAGUGCGAUCUCGUCCAUCACAAACGGCAUCACCAAGGAUAUCGCAUCCGUCCAGGACGUCAUCAACAGCGCCUCGAGUGGAAUCUCUGGCGUGGCCGGCUUUUUCGGCUCAAAUAUCAGUCCGCCCAAAAUUGACAUUACUUCACAUCUCAACGACCUGAAAAAUAUCCACAUCGACGGUACCAAAGCCGUGGAGGGAAUCACGAGCCUCAACAAGACAAUUCCCAACUUUGACCAGGCCGAGAACAUCACCAAGAACGCCAUUGGGAUCCCCUUCAACCUGGUAAAGCAGAUGGUCAACGCGUCUUUCUCCAGCUACCAAUUCGAUAGGACCGUUUUUCCGGUUGCAGAGAAGAAAGCCCUCUCCUUCUGCUCCGACAACUCCUUUCUCAACGACUUCUUCAACACCCUGUUUGAGCUCGUCAACAAGGCAAAGAUAGCCUUCUUCGUCGCGAUUCCGAUCUUGGCCAUCCUGGCCAUGGUCGCCAUGGGCGCGAUCGAGGUUCGGCGGUGGCGCAGAGAGAGGAAGCGUGCAAAGUUCUUCGUCGAGCACGGCUACGACCCCAUGGAUAUCAUCUAUAGCGCCUCGAGGCCCUUCACCGCCACCUUGGGCAUCAAGCUCAGCUCUAGGCUGCAGGGCAGGAAAAAGCUCUGGGCUCGCUGGGCCAUGGCGUACGCGACGUCUCUGCCCGCCCUCUUCGUUCUCUCUCUGGCCCUGGCCGGGCUCCUGUCGUGCUUCUGCCAGUGGAUCGUGCUGCGGCUGAUCGAGAAGGAGGCCCCCGCGCUGGCCAGCCAGGUUGGCGACUUUGCCGGCGACGUCGUGAACACGCUGCAGGACGUAUCGACGGACUGGGCUGUCGACGCCAACCGCGUCAUGGUCAAGACGCAGGACGACAUCAACGACGACCUGUUCGGCUGGGUCCUGAACGCGACCACGGCUGUCAACAACACGCUGAACGCCUUCGACGACGAGAUCAGCAAGGGCAUCACGACAAUCUUCAGCGGCACGCCCCUGGAGCAGCCCGCACGCGACAUUGUCAACUGCCUGAUCACUAGGAAGGUCGAAACCGUCCAGAAGGGCCUCACGUGGGUGCACGACAAUGCGCACAUCACGCUCCCCCUGUUCCAGAACGACACGUUUUCGCAGGGCGCCAAUGAUAGUGUCAAUGGCGACAGCGACUUGAAGAGUUUUCUUGCGACACCGGCGACAGUCACUACGGAUGAACUUAGUGGGGCCGUGGACAAAGUCGUUGUCGCUCUCCGGAACGGCAUCGUCCAAGAACUGCUUAUUUCGCUGGGUCUCCUCCUCGUAUACGUCAUUAUCGUCCUCUCGGGCGUCAUCCGGUCCCUGUGCGGCAUGAUGGGCCCCGAGAAGACGCGGGCCGAGGGCGGCCAGCGGUAUGGCGAGGACAUGGGCCAGGAGGCGAACCCCUAUCCGAACCCCCAUCUCGGAGACUCCCACCCCGAAAACCCGUUCCGCGAAGGCGCGUACCCCGAUCCCAGCUCGUACCCCGAGGCGAACCCCUACGAAGAGGACGUGGUGUACACGGGCACCGUGCCACAGGGCAAGGCAGGGCUCGGCAGGUAUCCGUCACACGCCCGGAAGAGCAGCUACCCCGACGAGCAGGGACAUGCCUUUUAG